UUAGAGUUCAGAGUUCUACAGGAAUCAGCAAAAAGGUGUGUAGAGUGCGGAACCUACCUGUUAAACAAGUUUCCCUGCGGAUGUCCAAGAGUUUAGUAAACAGCACAGGGUAAACUGAAGAUGACACGCACCUUGGCACAGUUGCUCAGAGAAUACCUGGCUAAGCGCCGGAUUCACAGAAAUCGUUUGGUGACCAAGGAUGGCCACUGCAACAUCGCAUAUGGCAGUGUGAGACACAGCCAAUUUUUCAUCUACUUUCUAGACUUCUGGACCACCUUAAUGGACAUGCGCUGGCGUUACGUCAUCUUUCUCUUUGGAGCCUCCUUUGUGUUUGGCUGGUUCUUCUUUGGACUAUUCUGGUAUUGGGCUGCUUUUGCUAAUGGUGACCUAUACUGGCAAAACCCAUCUGGUGACCAUAAACCUUGUGUAGUGAAUGUUUUUGAUAUGACUGGUGCCUUCCUCCAGGCUAUAGAGACUCAGAUGUCCAUUGGUUAUGGUUAUCGACAAAUCACCCCAUUUUGUCCUAGUACCCUCACCAUUUUCACAGUUCAGGCUGUCUUUGGGACGGUGAUUAUCUGCUUUUGGUGUGGGGUGAUUAUGACUAAAGUUGCCCGGCCAAAGAAAAGAGCCAAAACCAUCAGUUUUAGCAAGAUGGCUGUCAUCUGCUCUAAUAAGGGCAACCUCUGUUUGCAGAUACGAGUGGCCAACAUGCGCAAAUCCUUGAUGAUUGGGAGUCAGAUCUAUGGCAAACUUCUUAAGACAACCAUCACACCUGAAGGUGAGACCAUAAUAAUGGAUCAGACCAGGAUAGAUUUCAUUGUAGAUGCUGGAAAGGACAAUCUUUUCUUUGUCUGCCCUUUGACCCUGUACCACAUCAUUGAUGAAUCAAGCCCGUUUUUUCAAAUGACAGUAGACACCCUUCACCAGCAGGAGUUUGAGCUAGUGGUGUUUCUCGAUGGCACUGCCGAGUCCACAAGCUCCUCCUGCCAGGUCAGAACUUCCUACCUUCCUAAAGAGAUCAAGUGGGGCUAUCAGUUCCUCCCUAUCAUAUCACGUGGCAAAGAAGGAAAGUAUCAUAUAGAUUUCUCCAACUUUGCCAGAGUGGCUCCUGUAGAUACAGCACCUUGUGCCAGUCACUUUGCCAGAUCCCCAGACGGCUUUAAUCAUUCCAAUACUCCCACUGAGAGAGACAGAUUUCAGGAGAUGGAAGGUGAAGACCAGUCCAGUGCUACCAAUAUGUAAAGCAUAUAAGUUUAUUUUUUAAACACUUGCACUUUCCACAGGGCUGCUCCCUCUUUAUGUGGAUCACAGAAAUAUGAACUAUUCACAGUAUGUAGUAUUGCAUUGCCAGUGUUGUAAUAUUUAUGAUAAAUAAUGAUGUUUUCAGUGCAGCGAGUACUUUUGCCACCUCACAGUUCCAGGCGUCCUUGUAGUAGGUGGAGUGACUACCUUAAAAUACCCCUAAGUCUGCAUGAAUGUUUGAAUGUCUGUGUCUGCAUGGUGCCCUAUGAUGGACUGGCAUUCCCAGGAUUGGUUCUGGAUCCACAGCGACCCUGAUCAAGAUAAAGCAGUUACUGAAGAUGACUGAAUAACUGAUGUUUUGCGCCCUUUUCUUUGAUAGACAUCAUAAACUUUAAUCACCUGUCCAUUAUUUUAGAUGCUAUUUUGAGAAUGACAAAUAACCAUAAGGAUAAUGCAUUGUACUUUUCAUGGACGUAAUUUGCUUCAAAGUUAGCUAGCAGCACAUUGAUACUGGGCAAAAUGUAUAUGGUGUUUUUGUCAUUUAACACAUAUCACACCUUCCUGCCCCUUGAAAAUAGAGCAUGGUUCACAAAUUAAUGUUAAAUAACAAUGGUUAAACUGUUAAUUAACAUAGCAUAAUUGCUGUACACUCCCUUUGCUUCAAUAUUAUGAAUGUCCACAGUGUUAUGCUCAAAGCCUCAAGACUGACUAGACAUGAUGAAAACUAUAAUACAAGUUUAUUCAGCCGAUGUAGUAAGA